AUGUUCAAGAAAGCUGUCAAAGACCAUCCUGGAGGGGCCUCCAAACCCCUUCAGUCCAAUUUUCUCCGCGCAAACUCCAUUGUAUCUUCCAAACCCACACAGCCACAAUCCGUCGGCGUCAAACGAAAAAUCGACAUGGGCCAUGGCGGGGAAUCCACGCUUGGUUCCCUCCACAGCACGGUUUAUUUUGACGAAAAUGACUUCGACGAUGAUCUGGAUCUCGAUAUUGACGAGCCCAUCGCAUUGAAUAUCCCAAGCGCAACGAGCACCACCUACGCCUCGAAGCCCGACCCCGUCGCCUACCCGACCAUCGACCUCACAUCAUCGGAUGCCCGCGCCCCGGCACCUGCCCCAGCGAGCAAGCCACAGUCAGACAUCGCAUAUCCGGAUCUGCCGCCUGCAUCCCAGGAAUAUGCUGCUCCUACAAGCAGCAUCCAGAUUCCGUGGUCUUCCUCCCCUCCUUCACACUUCCAGCCGCCCCCCAAACCGCGUACGCUACCAUGGUUGAAGGAAGCCAAGGAAGAGGCAAUUCAGGACAAGCGGAACAACCUCAUUACACCAAAGCGGACAAGGCCUGCAGAGCCUUGGAAUAAGAGUGCGAGUGCCAUUAAGGAGGAACAAAAGGAGCUGAGACGGGAAUACAAGAAAACCCAAAAUGUGGACGGGGCUCCAAAACAGAAAGAGAGCAACAAAGUGCCAACUGUUUUCCUGAGUGAUGAACAAAGACAUGUUUUGGAUGCUGUAGUUGAACAGGGAAAGAGUAUCUUCUUCACCGGCUCAGCAGGUACCGGAAAGUCGGUUCUCAUGAGAGAAAUUAUCAAGAAGCUACGCAACAAGUUCAAGCGAGAACCAGAUCGUGUUGCGGUGACGGCCUCGACCGGUCUGGCAGCCUGUAAUAUUGGAGGUGUGACCCUUCAUAGUUUUGCCGGUAUUGGAUUGGGCAAAGAGGCUGUACCUGAAUUGGUCAAGAAGAUCAAGAAAAAUCAGAAAGCCCGGAAUCGCUGGCUCCGCACCAAGGUUCUUGUCAUUGAUGAAGUAUCAAUGGUUGAUGGUGACCUGUUCGAUAAGCUUGAAGAAAUUGCCCGGCGAAUUCGGAACAAUGGGCGUGCAUUUGGAGGCAUCCAACUCGUUGUUACCGGUGACUUCUUCCAGCUACCCCCUGUGCCAGAAGGGCACAACCGCGAAGCAAGGUUUGCCUUCGCGGCGGCGACUUGGAACACGUCGAUCCAGCACACCAUCCUCUUGACGCACGUCUUCCGUCAAAAGGACCCCGAUUUCGCGGCCAUGCUCAAUGAAAUGCGAUUGGGCAAGAUCAGUCCCAAGACAGUCGAAGCAUUCCGAAAGCUUUCUCGACCACUUGACUUCCACGACGCGCUUGAGGCAACCGAACUGUUCCCCACACGUGCCGAAGUUGAGAAUGCAAAUUCCGCACGGAUGGGCCGACUUUCCGGCGAGAUGAUUACGUUCAAUGCUGUCGAUUCAGGGACUAUACAAGAUGCCCAGCACCGGGAGAAGCUGUUAUCUAACUGCAUGGCUCCACAGACUAUUCAUCUAAAGAAAGGUGCCCAAGUGAUGCUCAUCAAGAACAUGGAAGACACACUUGUCAACGGGUCCAUUGGCCGUGUUGUUGCUUUCAUGGAUGAGACGACUUUUGACUAUUACCGGGACAAUGAAGGCGACUUUGCCGGAGGUGAUGGCAAUGACAACGAUGAGGACGCAGCUCUGCGCGCUCGGAAGAAGCUGAAGCCCAUGGCUCACAAAGAGGGCGGGGUUACAGUGACGCGCAAAUGGCCCAUGGUGUGCUUCGUCCAGCCCGAUGGAACAGAAAGACACCUACUUUGUCAACCAGAAGCCUGGAAAAUCGAGCUUCCCAACGGUGAAGUUCAAGCCCAGCGUCAGCAGGUGCCUCUGAUCCUGGCGUGGGCAUUGUCCAUCCACAAGGCUCAGGGCCAAACUCUUCAACGGGUGAAAGUUGACCUGGGACGAGUCUUUGAAAAAGGGCAAGCUUAUGUGGCACUCAGUCGCGCUACAUCUCAGGCAGGGUUGCAGGUUCUGCGGUUUGAACCACGGAAGGUUAUGGUGCAUCCUAGAGUGACUGAUUUCUACUCCAAUUUGGUAUCCAUAACCCAAGUGAUCAAACCCAAGAGAUCCGGCGCUGAUGACUUUGAGGAUGACUGCUUUGAUGGUUUAUAG